GGCUCAAUGCCCCCUCUGUUUGCCGCUCUGAAAGGCACAUUGAGACCCUGCGGGAUGGGCCCGUUGUGGAGAACCCUGGGAUGGCAGCUGGGGAUCUCUGUCCCGGGGUGGGGGUCUCUGCCCCAGGCUGCAUGGCACGGGGUGAGCACGGGUCCAGUGGUGCCCGUCUGCGGGAGCGCUGCCACAGGGAGGGAGGUGGCACCAACGGGGGCUGCUGGCACCCCGGGCCCGCAGGCUCUCCUCGCCCCCUCUCUGAUGCCAGUCCCGCCCUGCCAUGAGUCUAUGAGCCCCCUCCGGAUCAGCGUGGGUGGUCUGCCCGUCCUCGCGUCCAUGACCAAGGGUGCUGACCCCCGCUUCCGACUGCGCUGGAAGGCCAUCGUGCUGUCCUCAGCCUGCCUGGGGCUCGUGCUGUUGCUCUUCUGCCUGCACCGUUCCUCCCCAGCACGGCAUGGCCCCCCCAGCCCUCGCACCUGGCAGCUUGGCCUGCGGGCGGGAGACCGCUACAAUGACACCUACCCUCUGUCCCCGCCGCAGAGAAACCCCGAGGGCGUGCGCUACCGCAUCGGCGUCAUUGCGGACCUGGACACGCAGUCCCGGGGCUCCCAGGAGCACACCUGGUUCAGUUAUCUGAAGAAGGGCUACCUGGUACUGUCAGACAGUGGGGACAGGGUGACGGUGGAGUGGGACAAGGACGAGAGCAUGCUGCAGUCCCACCUGGCUGAGAAGGGCCGCGGCAUGGAGCUCUCGGAGCUGGUGGUUUUCAACGGGAAGCUGUACGCAGUGGAUGACCGGACAGGGGUGGUCUACCAGAUCGAGGGCAACAAGGUGGUGCCCUGGGUGAUCCUCCCAGAUGGGGACGGCACUGUGGGGAAAGGCUUCAAGGCGGAGUGGCUGGCAGUGAAGGAUGAGCACCUGUAUGUGGGAGGACUGGGCAAGGAGUGGACCACCACGACAGGGGAAGUGGUGAACGAGAACCCCCAGUGGGUGAAGGUCAUUGGCUACAAGGGUGACGUGAGCCACGAGAACUGGGUGACAAACUACAACGCGCUGAGGGCUGCAGCAGGGAUCCGGCCCCCAGGGUACCUGAUCCAUGAGUCGGCCUCUUGGAGUGACACACUGCAGCGCUGGUUCUUCCUGCCGCGCCGUGCCAGCCACGAGCGCUACAGCGAGCAGGCAGACGAGCAGCGAGGCACCAACCUGCUGCUGAGCUCCACCCAGGACUUUGGGGAUGUGACAGUGGGGCGUGUGGGCGACGUGGUUCCCACCCACGGCUUCUCCUCCUUCAAGUUCAUCCCGGACACGGACGACCAGAUCAUCGUGGCGCUAAAAUCAGAAGAGGACAAUGGCAAGAUCUCCAGCUACAUCAUGGCCUUCACGCUGGACGGGCGCUUCCUCCUGCCUGAGACCAGGAUUGGGAGUGUGAAGUACGAGGGCAUUGAGUUUAUUUAACAGACAUCUGCACCGAGUGGAGGCGAGCGGGCAGCCUGGGGACGUGGGCGGGCCCUGCUGGCCUGCUCCUAGCCCGGGGUGUCAGGCAGCGUUCCCAGCUCUGCCCUUGGCCCUGGGCUCUCCUGUAAAGCGUUGACUGAGCUGCAGCAGGUGUGGUGCAAGUGUUUCGGCAGUGGCACCUGGUGGCAAGGGACUGCCACCACAGCGUGCUCCCGGCCCCGGGACUGUCCUGGAGUGCUGCCUAGGCAGGCCCUGCUGCCGCCUUAGUGCCCAGCCCUGGAUUGCAACAGAGCCAUCUGUGCGGGCUCGGUGGCUCUGGUGACAUCCGCACUCUGGGUUUGCAGCUGAGCCCCAGCUCUGCAGCUCUGCCUUGUGUGCCAUGGGGCUUCCUCCGUGGGGUGGAGGGGGUGCGCAGCCAGAGUGGGUCAGACUUGGGGGAUUUCAUCAGGCAUUUUUUCUCCAGAUGCUGGUUUUCCUUCCCUUUUCCCAUGAGCUGGGUGAGGUGAUGGCUGGGGUGACAGGGGGCCUGUUUUGGAGAAAAGUCUCACAUGGGAGGGGACAGUGUCCCUCUGCUCCUGUGGCCACAGGGGAUGCAGCAGUUCCCUCGCCACUGUGGUUCCAGCACAGCGGCUGUGCCUGGGGGGCAGGGGGGGCGAGUGUGGGUGAUGGGGCCACCAGCUGUGGCCAGAUGUAAAGUGGGCCCAUCCCAGUGCCAUUCCUAGGCCACACCCUCAGAGGUGUCCGUGUGCCUUCUCCAAGGCCUGGCUGCACAUGGCUCUGGCCCCAGAAAUGCCUCCAGCCCCAGAACUGUCAGCUCUGGGAAGAGCUGAGCCCUGGACAGGAACUGCUGGGCGCUGGCGACGGUGCAGCCAUGCUGUCCAAGGGCUGCCGUGCUCGGUGCAGGAGCAGAGCCAGGAGCUCCAGUUCUGCUUCCCAGAGCCAGCAGCAGCUGAGAAGUGUUUGCAGCAGCCCAGGGCUUUGGCCAGGGAGCCCUCCCCACGCUCACCAGCAUGUUGUGAAAUUGCAGCCACAGCCUGUGGGCCCCAAGAUGAACUUGUGUGGUUUCAGGAACCACAGGUGUCAAAGGGGCAUUUGCUGACCCCAGGGCCCUCCUGACCCCUCUGACUAAGGGGGCUGCGGCUCCUGGCCUGCCCACGCUGCCCUGCCCCAGGUCACAGGGCAGCAUAUCCUCACACCAGGACCGGUGUUUGGCUCGUGGUGUCCCCAGUUUGGUCCCCUUUCACACUGCCCCUAGGGCAGCUCUGCCAGCAAGUAGGGCUUCGGGGAGCUGGGCCUGGCCACUGUGGUUUGGGGGCCCUUGUGCCCCCUGGAUCCCUCUGUCAUGCCCUGUCACUGCUGUGCUGUGGGGUGCAGCCAUGCUCAGGGAGGGAGAGGUGUUGCCCGUUGCUGCAGCAGUCAGGCUGCGGUUGGGUGGAAGGAUCCGCAGAGUGGAUGGAGCCCUCCCAAGAACCCGGCCAGGCUGCUCCCCCCAUCGCUGUUUACAGUGUCAGCACCUCUGCGAGACAUGCAGAACGCCAGACAUGUGUUUUCAUUUAGCCCAGACAAUGACUCGGCCAGUGCUGGGCUGCGAGCGGAUGCGCUUGUCUCUAGACACGGACCUGUCCCCAGCGCCACGGACAGACCUGGCUCCGGCCCCUGCACGUGGCCUCGGGAUCGUGCAGCACCCGGCCCAGGGCACCCAGGAUGCACUUGCAGCCCACGCUGGGUGCCAGCUGGCCACAGUCCACGACGGCCACUCAACCAUUGCACUUUGCUUGGCAAUGUCUCCCGGCCUCACUCACCUUCCCAGCCCAGCACCGCCAGCCCCACAGCACCUGUUGUGGCCCCAGGGCUGUGCCAGGGGCUGUCCCUGCUACCUGGUCCCUUCUUGUCCCCUGGGCUGAAGCAUCCCCUCAGCACUCAUCCCCCCUGCCCUCAGCACUGCGGGGCAGCAGCUCCAAUGCCUCAGGCAGCUGGACCGGCAGGAAAUCCUGCUGCUGCUGCAGCCUCUGCAGACCGUGAGCCCCAGAGUGGAGUUGGCAGCCUGGAGCCCCAUCUCCAGGUGUCAUCCCAGCACUGUCGGUGCUGUCACCUGCCACGUGUUCCCUGCAGGCUGUCAGGGUCUGGGCCAGGUCCAGCUGCCCAGUUCUGCUGUUUUUUCUCAUCCUGGAGGUGCAGCAUCUCUAUUACUUCCCUCUUCUGCGAGUAUCCACGGCAGUGCUGUGGCAAGAGGCUGGCUCAGGAGCAUAUUUUGUGGCCAGGGUGGUGGCUGUCCUGCCAACACAUGCCCGUGACACCUGGCCCAGCUGUGCUCGAGAGCUGUGUCCCUGCCCACCCUGCUGGGACAAGGGCACUGCUGGGGAGAGGGAGCCCUCUCGGCAGCCAGGCAGGCACAGAGAACGGGCACAGUGACAGCAGCAGCAUCCUGACACCUCCGUGGUGACACAGUGUGUGGGUUUGGACUGGU